GAGAGUGCGCACUUGCUUCCUAGUUGGUUGUUACUCGGUUCAGUUGUUGUGAGCUUGGUAAAUGAAGCGCAUACGAUGAAAACGCUAAUUUUAUGGCAAUACAAGCUAAACUUGCUGCUGGCAAUAGUGGGGUGGUAGUAAACACACCAGGAACAGUGUCUUGACGUCUCCAAACAGCGCAUGAGGCUGUCGGUAGAAUGUCGCUGAGCUCAGGCGGGUGGACUACUCAGACCCCUCCGCCGGAACACUCCUCACCCAUACCGGGCUAUGGGGCCUCGCAAACUGGCUGCCAUACUGUCUUGAUGUCGGUACGGGUUUCCGUUUGCCAUUCUGGUAUUCGGCCGUUGUGUCUUCCAGGGGCAGGUGAUGAGUCACUCCGUCUCCAGCUCAGUAUGGACCCUGGGAAGUCCGGGGAUUUCCGCCUCACGCUUCGGGACACUAGCGGAACAACGGGUCGUAGUGUGACCAUUGCAGAGUUUGACCUGAAGUCGGUGAACUAUGAGGUGAAGUCACCGAAAUGCCACGAGCUGAGCUUGGCCACGCCCCCUCGCGACCGCAUUAGCUUCAACUUCCGCUGCGAGCGCGAGGCUCAGGAGUGGGCCACCGUGGUGAUGUCAUCCCUCAGAGAGGCGCACAGGGUGUCGGACAGGCCUCCCACCGUCGACAGACCGCCACCCCUGGGGGCCUCGGAGACGCCUGGCUCAGCCGUCCUGCCGCGCACAGAGGAGAUGUGUGCCGAGCUGACCCAGGCCAUCCAGGCCGGCGACGUCCAAGCGGCCUCCGCAUACGCCGCCUCCCUGGCACGUCAGCAAGCCGCGCUGAAAAUCCGGCCCUCGGAGAGGAGUACCGAGGGCACAGAGGUCAGCUUGGCUGUAGUGGUUGAAGAUUCUUCGUCUUCCUGUUGUGUCACUGUGAAAGCCCCUCCCCACACGACCAUCGCCAUACUGAAAAAGCAGGUGUUCCUGGAAUACGGCUUCCAUCCGCGGGUACAGCGCUGGGUGAUUGGACAGUGCCUGUGCGCCGACCAGCGCUCCCUGGCGUCCUACGGGAUCCGCAGGGACGGGGACACGGCCUUCCUGUACCUCCUCUCCGCCCGCCACGCCCGCCUCACGCGGCAGCUGCUCCAGCAGGACCAGGAGAGUGCCCUCCUCACCCCCGCUGCUCCGCCCGGAGCCCCCAGCAAUGGGCCCUCCUCCCAGGACUGGAGGGGUUACAACACGCUGCCCCUCAAGACAAGCCGCACGGGUUCUGACGGCGCAGUGGGGCCGGAGCGGCUGAACAUCAGCGAAAUCAGAGACCUCAUCAACCUGGAGAUGCCACAGCUAAGCGAGGCACUUACUCCCAAUAAAUCAGGCCCUCAGGGUUGGGCCUGCCCAUCGUGCACUUACAUAAAUAAACCCACGCGGCCCGGCUGUGAGAUCUGCAGCACCGACCGUCCAGACAGCUACACCGUCCCCGGGAGCUACAAACCGGACCCUUUGGAACUCCGCCGCAUACAGCAGGAGAAGGAGGCCGUCCGACAGUACCAGCUGGCUAGAGAAGCAGAGCGGAGGGAGAACUUCGCCCGGCUGGUGAUGUUGGAUGGGAAAGACUUGGUGCCCAACCCGGAAGCUGUGGACUGCCGGAUCUGUUACUUGGACCUGCAGCCUGGGGAGGGGGUGCUGCUCAGGGAGUGUCUCCACUGUUUCUGCAGGGAUUGCUUGCGCUCUGUAGUCCUGAUGUGCGAGGACCCAGAGGUGGCCUGCCCCUACCGUGAUGACACGUAUGCCUGCGACUGUACCCUGCAGGAGAGGGAGAUCAAAGCUCUGGUGUCGGCGGAGGAGUAUGAGCGCUGGCUGCAGAGAGGCCUGUCCGUGGCGGAGUCUCGGUGUGAGGGUAGUUACCACUGUGCCAGCCCGGACUGUGCCGGGUGGUGUGUCUACGAGGACACCGUGAACGUGUUCCGCUGCCCCGUCUGUAACAAGCACAACUGCCUGCUCUGCAAGGCGAUCCAUGAAGAGAUGGAUUGUAAGCAGUACCAGGACGAUCUGACGGCUCGCGCUGAAAAUGACUCGGCCGCCCGCAGAACCAGAGAUCUGCUCAAGACCCUGGUCCGGUCCGGCGAGGCCAUGCACUGCCCUCAGUGUGGCAUUAUUGUGCAGAAAAAGGAGGGCUGUGAUUGGUUGCGUUGCACUGUCUGUCACAGUGAGAUCUGCUGGGUCACCAGGGGACCUCGCUGGGGUCCCGGGGGUCCGGGGGACACUAGCGGAGGCUGCCGUUGCAACGUCAACAACCAGAAAUGUCACCCGAGAUGCCAGAACUGCCACUGAGGAGGACGAAGAAGAAUGUCUUUGUUCAUCAUAAUGGUAGAAGAAGAAACCAUAUGCCAAGAUUGCCCAUGCUUGUGUGUGUCACUGGAAGGUUUGAUGACCGCAUUGCACAUUUAGCUAUGCACGUUCCCUGUUCAUUUUUGCUGUCCUCACACUCAUGUCUUACUGUUCAGGGACACAUUAAACUAAGUGCCCUUAACCUGCUCUGCACUCAGUGUAAUGCUGAUCACAGCAUUCUGAGGUUCUAACCGAGUGUUUUCUGAAACAAUUGCAUUUUGCUUGCAUUGAAGCAGAACCAGCAUCCACAUCUCUUUCAAUCUGUAUUGCUUUGUGUGUCAAUGAACAGCCAUUUUGGAUGUGCAUGACUGUUCAUGUAUUACUCACGUAUGUUUUUUGCAAAGUUUUAGCACCUGAGAAUGAAAGCUUGGCUCGCACAUAUUUGAUGCAAAGCCUGAUGUUUUUUUUAUUUAUUAUUAUGACUCAAGAGCUGUUAGAAUAUAUAAUGCAAAGAGUACACUUAUCUGUUGUUUUUUGCAAAGGAAUAAGUGGAUUUGUUUGGGAGCGGAUGCUGUACCUUAGUGCCUUACCACUGUACCAAUAAAGCCACUUAAAACACAA